CUGCCUCUCCUCUCUCCUCCCCACCUUCCUCCUCCUGCCCCUCCACCCCCCAUCCUCAUCCUCACCGCAAAUAUUGACACAAGUGUCACGGGGAGAAAAACAUGGCAGAGAUGGAAAAGGAGGGCAGACCUCCGGAAAAUAAAAGAAACCAGAAAAGAAAACCAGCACACCCGGUGAAAAGGGAAAUAAAUGAGGAGAUGAAGAGUUUUGCAGAGAACACCAUGAACGAGCUGCUCGGCUGGUACGGCUACGACAAGGUGGAGCUCAGAGACUCGGACAACCUGGAGAUAGGGGAGACGCCCCAACACAUCUCUGUUCUCAAAGAAAACUUGUUGCCAAAAAUCCCAGCUUCGACAGAGAGCAGUGAAGACUCUCCAGAUCGAGCCAACGGCUCCCAGUCGCUGCCAGCCUCCAGGAACGGAGUCACCGAGCCGUCCACCACGCCGUCCACUUCCACGCCCGGCGCCAUGGAACACGGCAACCUGCCCAUCAUGGUCCCCAUGAUCCCUCCACCGCUGAUCAAACCCCCUGCAGAUGAGGACGCGUCCAACGUGCAGAUCAUGUGUGCCUGGUGCCAGAAGAUCGGCGUCAAGCGCUAUUCUCUGAGCAUGGGGAGUGAGCUGAAGAGUUUCUGCAGUGAGAAGUGCUUCGCCGCCUGUCGCAGGGCGUAUUUUAAAAGAAACAAGCUGGGAUAUGUAAGGAAUUACGCUGCGAGAGACGACGAUGGCCUCGGUGGGAAAUUACCCCAGAACAGCUUUACUCAGGACACGCCCAGGCUUGUCUUCAAGACAAACAGCGAUGUGCUUGUUUGUGACUGGUGCAAACAUAUUCGCCAUACUAAGGAGUACCUGGACUUUGGUGCUGGUGAGCGGAGGCUGCAGUUCUGCAGUGCCAAAUGCCUGAACCAAUAUAAGAUGGACAUUUUCUACAAGGAGACCCAGGCUGCACUGCCUGGAGCACUGUGUAACCCAGGACAUGGGCCUGGUGGGGAGUGUAAAUCGGACUGUAGUGGAGGGGUACAACUGCUCACUCCGGAAUCCUGGGGAACACCAUUGGCGGACAUGCGUCGCAAAGCUCCCUCACCUGGGGGUCCAUCCACCACUUCUUCUAUGGUCAUAUCCACUUCUUCUGCCACCUCACCCUCAGACACUGCUGCCAUCUGCUCCCCGUCCUCCUCUUCUUCGGCCAAGAUCCCGACACCCAGACCCCAUGAGAGCCCCACAAUUCCUCCUCCGCAUGUUCCUAAUUUGCACCCACCUGUUGGAGUUCCCUCUGGUAGCCCUCCAAUGGUAAUGACACCUCGAGGGCCCAUGCCCCUGCCUCUCUUUAUGGAGCAUCAAAUGAUGCAGCAAAUCCGUCCACCAUUUCUCCGCCCCCCUUCCCAUCCUGCAGGGCACCAUAGUCCACUUUCAAACCCUAUGAUCCCUGGUAUUGGCCCCCCACCACCUCCAAGGACCCUUGGUCAAACAUCAAGCCCCAUGCACAGGCCCAUGCUGUCUCCACAUGUCCACCCCUCAUCCAAUCCCAACCCUGGGAUGAUGCCACCUUACCCUGGUCUCUCAAUGCCUGGCCUACCCCCUUUCCCACCAGUCAACAUGAUUCCCAAUGGACAUAUGCCCCUGCCCCCAAUGAUGAACUUUGGCAUGCCGUCUUUGGCACCAUUAGUCCCCCCACCAACUCUAUUGGUCCCUUACCCUGUCAUUGUACCCCUCCCUGUUCCUAUUCCUAUUCCAAUCCCAAUUCCUUUAAACCCCAAAACUUCUAGGGACCAGUCAGAGAGCAGUUUCUCUGUUCGUGGUGCUCCAGAGUCAUCAGAAGCUUCAGUUUCUGGGCCACACUCUCCAGGUUCUUGUGGAGGUGACCGAGGGGAGCAGAAAGUAGAGCCAUUAGGUGCUGAGCAUCUCUCUCCUGUACAUUCAGAGAGAAGUAGGACAGCAUUGAUAGACUUAAAGGCAGAGGAAACUUUGAGCAACUUGUGUCUAACCAGCAGCCACACACCUAUGGAUGGUGUGAUUGAUCUAACUCUGGGCCAGAGGUCAUGCCAGCAGCAGGUUAUUCAGAGGAUGCCACCUGGGGUCCAGGUCAAAGUAGAGGAAGACGUGGAAUCAAGGACUCCACCAGCUGCAGGGCUGGGGUGGGAAGGGAAGGACAAGCUUAAUGGGGGAGGAUUAAUCCUCCCUCAAGGCCUCCUCAGUCCUCCACUGCUGGAAGGGGCCACAAAACCAAACACACUUGUAUCAUUUGGCCCACUCCCCAGCAGCAACAACACGUCUUGCACCGGUGAUCCACCCAUGAACCUGCUUGAUCCAUCUAUCUCCAACCUUAUCCCACAAAACUUUCCCAGCACAGCACGGACCCAGUCCCAACUCCAAACUAGCCCUGGCACCCCAUGUAAUGUCAUAGUCAAUGGUACAGGAUGGCAUUCACUUCUUACUCCUAACCAAAAAGGAGAUGGGGUUUUAGCAGAAGGAGAGCAAGGUGAGCAGCCAAACAAUGGAGAUCUGGAGCAUGAGGCACUGAAAGAGAACAAUUGCUCAGUCGGAGACUGGGAACCAGGGAAGCGGGGCUCAGUGCAAGACGAGGCAGCAAACUCAGUGGAGGGUAAGCCAGACCCUGAUUCCAACCUGGAGGAGGGCGAACAUGCCUAUGCCCUGCCACUGCUAUCUGCUGGAGGCUGUGUGGUCAUCCAACCUGUGCCAAAGCCCGGUGCUGACAAAACGGCUAUUCUGUCCUGCUCUAUCAGUGCCCCUCUAUCAGCAGCCGGGAGCCCUGAGUUGGAACCACCACUGAAGAGGAGGUGUCUGCGGAUACGCAAUCAAAACAAAUGAGAUGGAUGCUCUAAAGGAUGCAGUGCCAUCAAUGACACUCACAUCGUCCAGCCCCACCUCCAAAUCCCACCCCUCCACACUACACAACUGCACAUGCACAUGUGCACACGCACUAACCCACAUAUGCACACUCACGUGUACACUUUGUUCUCGUCCUCUCCCAUCGUUCAGUCUACCAGCACCACAAAUCGCCUUCAACGACCGAUGAGAGUCUAACCAAACAUGUUGAUAUGUAUUGUAGUAGAGCAAACAGGACUCUUUUUGUCUUUGUGAUGGAUACUGAACUUCUACAGACCUGAUGUCACGGCCAGCAGGACCAUUUCACCUAUCAGCUGCAGACUGCAAGUCCUUUACCCCGCAGCUUGUCUCUCAGCCAAUCCUUACAGUAUAUAAACCCUCCCUGGCAAAGUAAGUGCUGUCUGUAUUCUCUUUUAACAUGGAAUACACUAUAGUGUCUGAUAUUCAGAGCCACUGUUGGGAAAACUUGUGAGGGAGCAUGAAAAGAGGAUUUCCAUCCCUCUAUGUAAUGCUUCUGUGUUGGUCACCUUAUGGUACGGCUAUAAACACAGUUCCAAUACAUGUUGCAUCACACAACUUGUUAUUAAGGUGUAGACUACUUUUACAAAAUUGUAAUAUAGAGCAACAGAACUGGCAAAAAAUACCAGACAUUCUUCAUAUCUUCCUGGCCUUUGUUUGUAAAAUCUAAAAUCUAACAUUAAAGGCCCAUUUAUGUUCGACACAAAAGAUAGAGACAGACGGAGCCUUUCUGUACUUUGCAUACAGAGCAAUACCACCGGAAAUAUAGAGUCAGUAGUUCGAUCAGUCAGGCGAAGAGUCUAUAUCGACAUUUAAAAUUGGCAUAAAGUGUCAAAGAGCAUCAGUAGUCAUAUAUUAUAUAUAAUAUUGAAAAUGCCGCUUGUCAUCAAUCUCCCUCAAACGAAUAAUAUUCCCCAUUAAUGACAACUUACAUUCAGUGGUCUUACAUUCCACCACCAAGAAAUCCGCUUGCGUUUCUGUCUAUUUUGGCUCAAGCACGAUAAAAUAAGCCCGCCAUGUUUGUUGAUGCCUGCAACUUGGCACUCGACACUGCCCUCUAGAGGAAGUAUUGCAUGAUGUCCAUACCAAUGCAAAAGAUGCACGGAGGUAUGUAAAGGUAGUGACGGAGAUAACAUUUAGGACACAACGGAUAAUGGAGAAUAAAGGGGCCUUAACGCUGCACUAUUGCUUAUUCACCUUGUUGCGUUAGGCAUUAGUGAACAAAACAACUUUCCAAGUGGUAGUGCAAGUUAUAGUCUAGAUUCCAGCACAUGCGCUGGUGAUCAAAUCAUUUUGAUGCUUUUAAGCUAAGUUGCUACACCACCCAAAUGGAGCUCUUAACAAGGCUGGUGUUUUUGUCAUAUUUGCACUAAACAACUGUGAACACCAUGGCGCCAUUGUUUAAACAACAUUAGCCACCUUUGCUACAGUAUGUGCUACAUCGUCAGCCAUCACAGUCACUGCUAAGCUAACUUCCAAGUGUGUCAAUUUGUUCUUAUUUUUCUUUUUUUAUGACAUUUGUAGUAAAUAUAGAGCCACAGAACCGACAAAACAUACCAGACACUUCACUAUCUUCUUGGCCUUUGCUUGCCACCAUUGUAGUGUGCACUUUGUCCAACAAAAACAUGACAAAAUCCCCGGCCACAAGGAAAACGUCCUUGUCCAGGAGGUCUGUUUGGACAAUGUUAGAGCUUAAACGCAUAGAUGUGAUUUAAUUGGAUUGGAAAGGUGAAAAUGUCUUGCAUAAUGACACAAAAGAUCCACAGUGCAGUUUACCGAUGCGUGACGCAGCCCCAUUCAAAGUGAAUGAGCAGCAACAUUCAUGUGAGUGCAGCAUUAGUGUUCAAUUAUUAUUCUGGAAGAUAAUGAAGAGUUUCUGGUAUUUUUGUCACUUCUUUGGCUCUAUGUUUACUACAAAUUUCAUGAAAAAAAAUUGACACUUGAGGCUGCUAUCGGAAGUUAGCUUAGCAGUGACUGUGAUGGCUGACUUUGUAGCACAUAGCAAAAGUUGCUAAUGUUGCUAAAACAAUGGCGAGUUGUUGGGGACAGUUAUUUUUGGUACUAUUCCUAAUAUAAACGCAAAAAAACAAUACGUACUGUAUGAAACUGAACUGCUCCACUCAGUGGAAGCAUGGCUUUAAGCAACAUUAGUGUCUCAGCCAUGACAUACGCUGCUUUGGUUACUUCCAAAAGCUGAGUGGUGGGUAAUUCUGAUGAGUUGUAAAAACGAGCACAACAAGCACUGAGCAGGUCAUGCAAAGCACAAAUUGAAGAGCUGUUUCAAUCAGAGGCUAGAAAACUGUCCUUGGACAUAACAUCAUUAUUCUUACUGAAUCAGCAAACUGGAGGAUAAAAUAUUUACCUUCACCAUCAAAUGACAAUGUAUAGACACAAUGAGUCGCAGCCCACAAUCUCUACCAUUCUCCCACGGCAUUGAUUUGUUUGUUCAUGAACUUCACCACAUUUGAUAUUAUUUUUAAAAAAAAGAGAAAGAGCUUAUGAUCAUGUUCCCUCUCUCGGAAAAACAGCCUGAAUCUGAUGGUAGCAGUAAUACAGACAUCUGCUGUUACAGAACAUUUCACUGCUUAUACUUCAGCCAUAUAAGAAGUGGGGUGGCAUGCCACUGUAAAAAAAAGCCCUAACAACCUGCAAUAGGUUCUCACUACUGCAGGCUACCACUUACUCAUUUCUAUAAUACAUUACCAGUGACGUCCCUGUCAUGGACUAGUUUAAGACUGACUGCACUGAAUUUAGAGGGAGCAAAGAGAAGCCGGCUCUUUCAUAAAUAAUUCUUUUGGGAUCUGGAGGGGGGGAAAAACACUGCAAAAAAAGGACUACAGAAAUGUUUCAACAAGAAACAAGGUUUAUUUUUUAACGGACACAUUUCCCUUUGCUUGCCCACUGGAAUGAACCUGCAAAGUCACGCUUUAUUUGUCGCAACUCUUAGUUGUUUCAAGCCAAAUUGUCCUUAAUUCAGUGUGAUCUGAUUCAGUUUCACUGUGGCUUACACCUGUGAGUUCUGACACCAUCAAACAAAGCCAGCAUUUAGUUUAUGCUCUUAUGGAGGAAGUGCAUUUUACUAGCGCGUUUUCAUUGGAAAUUACAUUUUAAACGCAAGAUUUGACCAGAUUGUUUAAGGUUGCCAAAGUAACAAGCACUUAGAGGAUAGAGAACACAAGUGUAUCUCACAAUCAGUAUUAACCUUGUUUUGUUUUUGUUUUGUUUUUUUGUUAUUUUGAGUGACGUUUCAAAUGAAUCAAUUCUCAAUCAUCUCUUUGUUAAUCGCUCACUGUCACACUGAGCCACUGUGAUCCAUUUUUCAUCUAAAUGAGGCCUGAUUACACACAUGUGCGCAUGAUAUGCAUAUACUGAUUUCAGAUGCAGACGCACAAUGCACUAAGUAAAUUUAGCCGUGUGCGUGUGUGUGUGUGGCAGGUGCAAGCAGAAAGCCCAGUUGAGAUUACAAAGUGUUGACUCAGAAUAAGCAGUGUGCAACUCUAUCUGUUGCCCGUUAGUCAGGCAUUUAGGCUUAGCUUGCCAUUUGCCAAGACCCAGCUUUGGUGUCACUUUAAGUAUUUUCUCCAGUGCUACAUUUCGCUCCAAACAAAGGCAGUGGAGUGGAAAGAAAUGCCCUUUUUAAACAGGUUGCUUUCGCCUUCUUUACCUUUUGCUGAAUUGCAUUUGGCCAAAAAUAGAAAUACUCCUUUGUGUAAUCCCAGAUUUCCACAAGCACUUCAUUCCCUACAUUUAAAAAUAGAAACUGAGCGCAAUUACAACCCACCCGAUUCCCAAAGAAUGAUUUAACCUUUAAUCCAUGAGUUGUCUCACCUCAAACUUUGAAAUUGAAAGCACAAAUGAUGUAAUGUAGAAACCAGAUACUGCACUGACAAAUACAUGUAACAAUACAAAACACCCAGUACUAUGACCAGUAACCAUAUGUUUUAUAUCAUUAUUUAUUUAGUGGGUUACUGUGCUACGCUUCUAUCUAAAAAAAAAUCACUUGAAUGAUUUGUCUGUAAAAAAUAACCCCACAAAUGUAAAAUAUCAUUUUAAUUACUUAUAACAUUACUUCCUCAGCAGUUGCUGCAACCCUACAUAACACAUGACCCCCCCAAUACAGACCUGUCUUUUCUCUGAAGGGUGAGACAGUAAGGUUUUGUAAUUGUUAGUGUUUAGUGGUCUGCCCAUUAAUCUGUGCCACAUUGUUUAAAACAUACGGUAAGAAUCACGCCGGUCAUCUCAGCUGUCGGGUGAAGAGAAAAUCAUCAGCUCAUUUGUUUACUGCUGUGACCUGGUGACCUGCCAGCAUGUGCAGACGAGGCAGAAGAGUGAGGUUGAAAAGUUAUUUUGUGGCAUGCAGAGUGAUCAUUUUCACCCUGUUAGCAACAGAGAUUAAUGAUGGUCGUGUGGUCGGGUUGCCAUUAAAUGUACUUAGCGCCCUGGUGCUAAUCAGAGCAUGAGCACGGUCCAGUGUGGACUCUCCAUUAGCUUUUGUCUAGUGCCACCCUCAGGACAAAAUACCAACUUGACUCUGUUCAGUUAAGAAUCAUUAAAAUAAUAAAAGGACAUGCAUGUGUUUGCUGUCUUGCAGAGUGGGAUGAAAUGGUUGACAUAUGAUAGCCAAAGGUGAAAAAAAUGCAUACCAGCACAUCUGAAGUUCACUUAUGACACCACAUGUCUUGUCUGCCUUCUGUCUUUAUGCUAAGCUAACUAGCUUCUGGCUCUAUCUUCAUAAGAAUAUUUCUGAAAAUCCAGGAAAUGGUUUUUGGUGACCUUUUCCUGAAAAGCUGGCUCAGGCUGCAACUAAAGAUUAUUUUCAUAAUCGAUUAAUCUGUUGAUUAUUCCCUCAAUGAAUAAACGAGUUCUUGUUUGUAAUGUAAAAUGUCAGAAAAUGUUGAUCCGUGUUUCUCAAACAUGGAAGUGAUGAUGUGUCACCAAAAUGAUCCAGUUGUAAUGAUUUCUUUGUUAUAUGGCGCAAAGAAACCGGAACAUUUUGUGAAUAAAACUUGUUUUAUUCACUCAAACUAGUCAAAAUAGUCAACGAUUAAUUUAGUAGUCGAUUAAUAAUCGAUCAGUCGAAUAAUCGUUGCAGCCCCAAAGCUGGCUCCAGCUUUUCUUUCAAGUUUUCUUUAAAGAAAAACUGUCAAAAAUUCAUUACUGUGUCUGUUUUUUG